UUCUGAUCAAGAACACGUUCAUAGCUGGGCCGCCAUGGAACUGUCAUCCGAACCAUUCAUGGACACGCUCUUUGCGUCACAGAGUACUUCCGAGAACGAGAAAAUUCUUGUCCAUCCAGAUGGUAGAGGCUACAACAUCCAUUUGCAAGUCAAUGGCAUAUCACUACGACCAAACUUAGUUCGUAUGAUGAAGAAAGGGGGGGCAUACGCCAGUCGCCCAGAGGAUGCAGACAUCAUUCUCGUUGAUUCUUCACAACUCGAUGGAAAACGUCUCAUUCGUACCUGGCAUCAGACUCCAGGGAAAGCCGUUCUUGAAUUUCAAUGGCUACGUAAAAGCAUCGAAGCCAGGAAACCCCUCCUUGAAAUCGAUGGUUGGGGUGGGACACAAACUUUGGAUGAUGGCAGACCCAUCGUUGAAGUGGCUGCUGAUGGCGAAGAAGCAGAGGUCGAACAGCUCGUUUCAAAGUCAGUUUCACGCCCUGAAGUCCUUCAAGGGGACUCUCUGCUGAUGUCCUCGAUAAGAAGUCCGCUACCUACCCCCCGCGUUACGCCUGAAGAACCACUUACAAAGAGAAUCCUCAAUAAUGUCCCUACAACUCUGGCUGCAGAUGUCCCUCUAAUCCCGAAUAAUCCAAGGCCACCUCAGUCACCGCAACAAGCUUCACUCGUCGUUUCACAAAAUCUACAACAGCCCUCGGAACACGCAGGCCAACCUACGUAUAAUCAUACGCCAAGCAUUUCCCCACCUGUUCAAUCAUCCAAUACCCCUCAGCCCAUUGCACCACCUCAGCAACUCAUUUCAGUAUUACCUUAUAAUCCGCAGGCUCUUCCGCAACCCCAGUUAGCGCAACCCGCUACACCAGCAUCAUUUUCGCAUAUCCAGUUCUCUCAGACUCCUUCACAAACCCAGCCUACACAACCCGCCACGCCAGUACCUUUUCUACAUCCCCAGUUUUCUCAAGUAUCUCAGUUUCAGCCACAAUUCUCGCAAGCCCCACCGUUCCCUCAACAAUUUCCUGUCCCUCAACAAUCAUACCAGUUCGGCCAGUUUCCUCAACAACAACUUAUUUCUGGACACAUGCCAUUCAUGCCGCCCCAAUCAAUGACGAUGCCAACGGGCAUGCCGUUUCACAACUUAAGGGACCCGCAGAGUUUUCAAAUGCUCAUGACUUUGAUGGAUGUUAUGAGGAACACCAACGGAGGCGAAUUCUUGCAGGCGGGGCAGCCCUCACCCAUGUAUCCCCAAAUCGAAGCUGCAUCUAGUGCUCCUCCUGUCAUCCAUCACGAACAAACACCAGAUUCACUGGUUGCUACAGAUCAACCCUACCCUCCUUCAUCGUCUUCUUAUAAAUCACGCAGCCCAACUCCCGACGUUGUUGUGUCGAAACAUCCGGAAAAACAGUCUCGUCCUUCCGGACGCAAACCUCGCACCGACAUAUCUUCUCGCACGCCAUCUACAGUUUUACUUCCUCCUUCAGUGAAGCGCAAAGCUAAUCAUGAGGCCAUGUCACUGGUCGGAAACCCGUCUAACAACCGAUCUCUCAAGGGCAAGGAACGCGUGGUAAUAUCUGACGAAUCUGAUAAUGACGAAGAUGCCCCUCCUGCCGGUUCAGACGAUGUAUUUGAGCAGUCUCUUCUGAGCUCGCCGGGCCGCACGAACGCAAGAAAGAAUUCCGGAGAGGUGUUCCUUGACGAUCAAGGGCAGCCUUUGACAUUCUUUGUGCAGGUUGACCUGCAGGGGCGAUCAGGAGUGGUUUCGAACAUCAAGAAAAAUAAAGGCAAGGUCAUCGGGAGUAUUGCAGAUGCAGAUUAUGUCAUCCUCUUCACGCGCUCGCAGACAUUCCAGGGGCUCUUGAGUGAGGCCCAUGCCUGCGACAAGGUUCCGAUUCAGUCGGUCUUCGUUGCCAACUGCGUCGCUGAGAACACGUUGUUGGAUGAAAGCGAGUAUGCGCUCGACACGGGUGUCUCGGUCAAACAUGCGAAGCGUGGCAGACCAAAUAGCGCAUUUUUUGAAUUUGUGCAGGAAACAUCUUCUGUCAAGAAAGAGUGUCAGAAAUCUGUGUCAAAGCCGAAGCCGAAGGCACAGAAGGCCACGCCUACAGAGACACCAACAAAGAAAGCGAAGAAGAGAUCAGCAUCCACUUCCUCACAAAUAUCAGCAGCACUGCUGCCACCUUCCUCGAAGGAGGCAAAGUCCCAUCAUGCACGACGGUCUCCUACCCCUCCUCCCCCAGAGACACGCAAAUCUAUGAGAGAUGGGAAGUUUCACUUUACGCAGCCAGAAAUUGAGUACUUCUGUCAGUAUGCUCAAUUCCUGCUCAAUGAAGACCCAACGAUGUCCACCACGGCCUUGCUCCAAGCCAUGCACAAAAAGAUGCCACAUCACUCGUUUGGGUCCUGGCAGAUGCAAGCGUCUUCGAAAUUGAAGACGCAACUUACUGACAUCCGCAAGAGGGCAAAUAUCGCAUUUCGCAAGUCUUCGAAUGGGAAUACCGAGAAAUCAACCGAGGAAAGACCUGGCCCGUCCAAGAAGCCUCGAUUAGCUGCCUUGCCAGCUGCCCCUAUUGUGUCACAAGAAACUUUGGAACGAGAAGAUUUUGAGAUAAUCUGUGAAUUCUUUGCCAACGGUGGAGGGGAUGAUGAUAAUGACGAGAGGGUAUGGGAAAGGUUAUCACAAUAUCGACCUUGCAAAAGCGCAGAGUCUUGGCCGGAGUAUUACACGACACACCAAAGUGAAGUUUAUGCACGUAUCGAGGAGCUUGUACGUUCCUCCAGCUAGGAGGUCGAUCUAUAAGCAACUUUGUGGUUUUUAUGAACCGUUUUGUCAUGCUGUAUCCUCAAAUAUCUGUUGAAUUUCUCGAGGUGUGAAGCUUGGUGCCAGCAUUUAGUU